AUGCCCUCGAUGCCAUUCACGAGCACACCUCCAAAUAUGCAGUCUAAUAUUAUCUCUCGUCUCUCAGCCGAGUUGCGUCAUAUAGUCUACUCACACCUCAACAUCCCCGUUGGAGGCCAUGUUUGGAUUACAGGUAGAGUCGUUAGGGCAGUCACUGAUACCUCCCGCAUCAUCUUCUACGGCGAUGCCAGGUGGCCCAUGAGGGUGCACGCGCCUUUUGGAGAAUUCCAGGUGCGACGGAAGAUUAAUAAUUUGCUCUCAUACGGAGCCUUCCAGAGAAUGCUCGCCGAGCUGGAUAAUGGAGAUGUUAUCGGUUGUAACAGAGUUUUUAUUGAGCGAAACUUGCUGCGCAUCAACAAAGCUACAAGGACGGAGCUCAUGGACCUGGUGUUCGGACGUAACGAAGUCGAAUCGAAGUCGUUAUAUCUGACCCCUACCGAAGAAGUCAUCGCCCUAAUAGAGGCGUUUAGGGAUAUCGCAGUGACCGCGAAGAAGCUUGAGAUGCUACACUUUGCAUGGAAUGAAGAGGAUUUGACCACUGGUCAGUGCCAGAGUUCUGAAUAA